CACAGGUAAACACACCCGGGCAGGGCGGCUCACGGCGGGCAGGGCGGCUCACCGCAGACAGGCGGCUCUUCUCGUUUCAAAAACAGCAUAAGCUAAGUGUCACUCAAGCCAGGAUUACACAGCUAAUGCGAAGAGCCCGACGAGCCCGCACUGUCAAACCCUGUGCUUGGAUUAGCUCAUGUUGAAGCAAUGUCAAUGAUAUGCGCUUAGAUGAUAUGAAUAACAAAGCCAUUACAAAAAGAAGACUUUCGGUAUCACCACAAAUUAAGGCCAGUCUGUCCAUCGGGGGAUGGGGGGGUCUCGGGGUGGUGCUGUUCCUCAUCACCUUCGGACCCUUUGCCAUAUUCUACCUGGCCUUCUACAUCCUCUGCUUCAUUGGAGGCGGCUUCGCGGUGACCCUGCUCUAUGGGAAGAUCAACUCAGAGAAGCACCUGGAGAGGAGCGAGCACUCCUACCUGCCCCCCAUGCAGACGGGCAUCCAGAAGGUCAACACCCCUUCAUGUACCUUGGAUGAGUUUAAGCUGGACCUGAAGCCUAUCAAGAUUGACAGGAGGUUGACGGGCUCCAGUUUCAUAGAUGAGCCACUCCAACAGGUGAUUCAGUAUGCAUUGAGAGACUACAUCCAGUACUGGUACUACACCCUGAGUGAGGAUGAAUCCUUCCUGCUGGAGAUCAGGCAGACUCUGCAAAACGCCCUGGUCCAGUUCUCUACACGGUCCAAGGAGGUGGACUGGCAGCCUUACUUUACUACCCGCCUGGUGGACGACUUCGCCACUCACCUGCGCGUCUUCAGGAAAGCCCAGGACCGGCUGGGGGACCGAGAGGACAAGCAGAGGGACAUGACGGACGAGCUGGUGGACUCGUUCUUCGAGGCGGAGGUGGAGCUGGAGAGGAAGAUUUGCCGAGACGUGGUGUGCACGUCGCGCAAAGACGAAGAGGGUUUCCUGCGGGACCUGUGUGAAGUGCUGCUCUAUCUGCUACUACCUCCCGGAGACUUCCACAACAAGAACAUGAGAUACUUCCUGCGGGAGGUGCUGGCACGGGGCGUUCUCCUGCCCCUCAUCAACCAGCUGAGUGACCCCGACUACAUCAAUCAGUUUGUCAUCUGGAUGAUCCGUGACUCCAGCUGUAACUACGAGGCGUUCAUGAACAUCCUUAGGCUGACCGACCGGCCGCCAGAGCUGGAGGCCGUCAAGGACAAGGUGCUGGAGGAGCUGCAGUACCUCCGCUCCCUGGACACGGCUGGAGACGACAUCAACGUGAUUAAGAAUCAGAUCAACAGUCUGCUGUUUGUGAGGAAGAUCUGUGAGACCAGGAUACAGAGGCUACAAUCCGGCAAGGAAGUAGAUGCACUGAAGCUGGCCGCCAACUUUGGGAAGCUGUGCAUCAUUCCCUUGGAUCACAUCCUGGUGCACAACAUAGCUCUGCAGUUCUUUAUGGACUACAUGCAGGCGGUGGGAGCGCAGGCGGAGCUGUUCUUCUGGCUGACGGUGGAGGGCUACCGGGUGACGGCGCAGCAGCAGCUGGAGGUGAUGCAUGCCUGGCAGCGCGACGGCAAGAAGCAAACCAGCAGCACUACAAAGGGCUUGCUGAAGGCAGCCGCGCAGGGCGUGUUCGAGCAGUACCUCUCGGAGAAGGCCUCCCCAAGGGUGCAGGUGGACGAGGCCUUUGUGAUCAAACUGGGGGAGAAGCUGCUGAAGGAGGACCCCACGGCGGAAAUCUUUGAUGAAGUCCAGAGAAAGGUGUACGACAUGAUGCUGCGUGAUGAGCGCUACUACCCGUCCUUCAAGCAGAGCCCGCUGUACGUGCGCAUGCUGGCCGAACUGGACAUGCUGAAGGAGCCCAGCUACCGGGGCUCGGACGACGGCGACGGAGAAUCCUUCAACGGCUCACCCACGGGAAGCAUUAACCUGUCUUUGGAUGACCUGUCCAACUCCUGCCAUGAUGACACUAUGCAAAUCCAUGCCUUCAUCUCUGAUACAGCUGAUCCUCCUCUCCCUGGCUUCUGGGGUGCCUCAGGGGUGUGCAACGACCACGGCAAGACGUACGCGCUGUACGCCAUAACCGUGUUCCGCCGCAACAACGACGGCAGCGAGGACUGCUGGAAGACCUACCGGCGCUACUCCGACUUCCACGACUUCCACAUGAGGAUCACCGAGCAGUGUUCGCUGCAGUACGAGAACCUGACGUCUAUCCUGCGGCUGCCUGGGAAGAAGACAUUCAACAACAUGGACCGGGACUUCCUGGAGAAGAGGAAAAAGGACCUCAACGCUUACCUCCAGUUACUGAUAAACCCAGAGAUGGUGAAAGCCUGCCCUACUCUGCUGCCCCACGUCUACGACUUCCUAGAGAACAAGGCCUACAACAAGGGCAAAGGAGACUUCGCACGCAAGAUGGACACGUUUGUGAACCCGCUGCGGAGCUCCAUGAGGAACGUGUCCAACGUGGUGAAGGCCUUACCCGACAGCCUGGCUGAGGGAAUGAACAAGGUCUCCGACAACAUGGGACGCAUGUCGGAGCGUCUGGGCCAGGACAUCAAGCAGUCCAUAUUCAAGGUCCCUCCACUUCUCCCCAAGUCGGAUAUCGACCCCGAGCACUGCCGCGUGCUGGCCCAGCUCGACGACAACGUGGACGACAACAUCCCUCUGCGCGUGAUGCUGCUGCUGAUGGACGAGGUGUUUGACCUGAAGGAGAAAAACCAGUGGCUGCGAAGGAACAUCAAGAACCUGCUGCAGCAGCUCAUCAGGGCCACGUAUGGAGACACCAUCAACAGGAAGAUCGUGGACCACGUGGACUUCAUGACCUCACCGGAGCAAGUGGCAGACUACGUCAAGAAGUUCAGGGACUCUUACUGGCCCAAUGGGAUCCUGGCAGAGAGCCCGCCCACCCGGGACAAGGGGACCCGCAUGAGGACCCGUGUCGCGGCAAAGACCAACCUGCUGGGCAUCAUGCCAGACGAGCUUAAGCACAUCAUCGGCGCGGAUACCACCCGGAAAGGCAUCCUGCGCGUCUUCGACAUGUUCCAGCACCAGCCCAUGAACCGCCGGCUGGUCUACGUCUUCCUGGAGAGCUUCCUUGAGACCAUGUUCCCGCAGUACAAGUUCCCUGAGCUCUUUGUCAAGCUGCACUCACGCUCGCCCCGCACCCACCGCUACAGCCAGAAACUUAAGAGCACCGCCCUCAAGAGGUGACAGGAGAGAGGUGGAGAUGGAGGGGGGGAUGGGCCACCGGGCAGCAGAAUCCCAAGGCGUGGAGGCGUACGAGAUGGGCACGUCGCAAGCGUGCACAUGUAGACCACCACCAUAAACAAACACAGAUAGACUCAAGAACAACCACGAUGAAGAGUGAAGCGAUUGGGGGAAGCGAGGUGUGUGUGUGUGUGUGUGUGUGUGUGUGUGUGUGUGUGUGUGUGUGUGUGUGUGUGUGUGUGUGUGUGUGUGUGUGUGUGUGUGUGUGUGUGUGUGUGUGUGUGUCCAUUCUCUGGACCUCUCUUGGUCUCCCAUCGACACUCCUCACCAUGGUUCUUCACUCCAUCCAGCUGAGACUUUAGAAAGACUGAAAUGACCGGGAACAAGUCGACACUCGCACACUGCCCUCCUGACACACAAACACGAACAUGUUUGUAUGAUCUUCUGUUUGGACCUUUUAUUUAGGUGUUUAGCUUUAGCUGGCCCAGGCCGUGCCGAGCCCCCCUUCCUGGUCCAGAGAGCAGACCACAUACUGUUGAUGUUGGACGGUUUGUUUCUAACCUGCAGUGUAGCCCGCAUUGACCCUCACCUUGCCUUACCCUCCUGCUUCUCUCGGCUUGCAUAUAGACGGAUUAAGCUCUCAUUCAUUUGUUUGACCUUUAUGUGUUGAGGAAGAUUGAGCGAAUAAUCACUUGGGUUUUAGAUAAUUGUGUAUAUUACAUAAUCGCAUAUUUAGAAAACUGAUUUUGUCAGUUGCACUGGUUCAAAAGGACACGUCUUGUUUUUUAAUGUGACUAAACUCUCUCUGCAUCAACCUAAUUCUAAAGAGUUAGUCAGAGGCUUCCAGGCCUUUCCAGACUGUAAGAAUGCCCCAUUCAACACUACUGUCAAACUAACAAAGCACCUGCGCACACACACUCACCUGCAUACACACGCACACAAGCAGACGAUACUCCAAACACUACUGUCCUCCAUAUCAGUUUUCAUGUGGGGUUAAAAGGUUAAUCCACGAUGCACUGUUCACCUUUAACCCUUUCCAUUAAAAGGGUUAAAUCUAUACUGUGGUGUUGGCGGCCCUCUGGCUUUGAAAAGUGUACUACUUUAGUAUAAUGUUUAAGAGAAUGUACUUUGGUCUGGUCUGUACUUUGUUCAUUGAGAGCGUUGUGUGUCUGUAUGAACGUGCGUGCGUGUACGUUUGUAGCAUGAUGAACUCUUUUCAGUCCGAAACUGUGCCAGUGUAUGCUAGUGAGCCAGCCUUAAAACGCUUUAUUAUAUUAGUGACCAAGACGUAGCUCUCCUUGACACACACACACACACACACACACACACACACACACACACACACACACACACACACACACACACACACACACACACACACACACACACACACACACACACAAAUGGAGUGAUACAAGGAAACAGAUUUAUCCCUAAUUAAUCACUUUUUUUUUUGUGCAAUAUUUUUCUUCAGUGCAUGUAUAUUUGAAUAAUUGGGUACUGAAAAAAAGUUUGAGCAUACUUCUAGAGAUUAGCAGGUCAAAAGUAAAUCAAAUCAAACAAUCAAUCCAACAACUUACAUUCCGUUGUUGUAAAAGGACUUCUUCAAUUAAACGACCUGUAACUAUGUUUUUAUGGUUUUUACUUUGUUUUGUUUUUAUUUUUUGGGGGGGUUACAUGACUAGCUCUUAAGCCAAGGCCAGACUUGGCCUAGAACAAAUUUACUAGAUGUUCACUGAAAUGUGGCUACCUGUCAGAGGCGCUCUCCUCCAAUGGAAUCGCAGGAAUGACACUUCCUAUGACCUCAUUGAAUCGCUGCUUAAAGCAGCACAGGAGGGAGUAGUGGGCAGGAUGUGUGACUACCUGCCUAGACUGUACCGGAACCCUCCCUACCCAUCUGCUGGGAUUGGCUUGCACUGAGCAGCCCUGUUGGACUUUAAUUGGCUUGAGACGAAGAGAACUUUUGAACCUCUUGCCCUUUAAGAGCUGAAUAUCUGUCCCCAUACUCGAUGCAGUGACUUCCCCUUUGUGUCCCUGUCUGUCCAUAAAGGAACUUGUCAUGCUUUUGUUUUUUAAAUUCCCAAUGUAUAUGAAUCUAUGAUGAUAAAAAAGUGUGCAUAUGUGUACAGUAUGUGUUAAUAGUGUGCCUAAAUGUACUGUCAAUUCUAUUUUCAUAUUUUUCCUUAUCUACAAAAAAAUGAAUCAAAGUCAUGGUAAUUUUAAGCGACUGAAGAGGAUUUAAGGGUGUUUUUUUUUUCCGCAUCAUGCAUAUCAAACUGCUACUUUUGGUGCAGCCGUGCUCAGAUCAGUAUAACACUAAUAAAACAGUAACUGAGACUAACUGA